AUGGCGGCUGGAGACAAGCACGAACUUAACGAGCCCUGGGCGAUAUGGGAGCAGCGCGAGCAGGGGAAAAACAUGUCCUACGGUGACAAGCUGUUCAAGCUAUGCACUUUCAGUACUGUCGAGGAGUUCUGGGGCUACUGGAACAACAUUCCCUCCCCCAGUCAGGUACUGUUCGACGGUUUCACCCGCAAGAAACUCGCAGACCGAACGGUAGAAGGCUUUGCUGUCUUCAAGGACGGUAUCGUACCGGAGUGGGAGGAUCCCGAAAACAAAAACGGGGGCGAGUGGUCCAUUCGAAAAGAUGUGGGCGCUCAGGAGCUCGAUGAGUUUUGGGAGAAACUCGUGCUAGGAGCGGUUGGUGAGCUCAUUGAUCCGGGCAACGAAGUAACGGGUGUUCGAGUUAUUCACAAGAACAACAAAAAGGACAAGAAGGACGCAGGCAACAACUACCGCUUUGAGAUUUGGCUGCGAGGCGUCAGCCGCUUGAAGGCAGACGAGAUCCGCAACAAGACGCUGGAGGUGGUCAACUCGGGCAGCUCGGGCGCCCAGUGGGUGUCCAAUGAGUUCAUCUACAAGGAGCACUAG